ACGGCUGGGACGUUAGACCGUUGCUGUUGUGAUUAUCAGCGACACAGAAAACUACACUUCCCUUUACAAAUAAGAGCGCCGCACUGUGAUUUGUUUUUAGCUUAGCUCGGAACACGAGUGGAACAGUAACCGAGGGAAAACACGAUCAAGCCAUCUGUUCGUAGACUAGUUUGUAUCUGAACACUCCCACACACGUCCAGCUCUUCCGUACACUGCUGAAGUGCUUAGCUGCCAUGCCGGUGCACCGUGACCGGGAGAAGAAGGAGAGUACAGCAGAAGAGAUGGAGGUGGAGGAGCACGAGCAGGAUGCUUCCAGCUCAGAGGAGGAGGAUUCCGACACCACCUCUGUCUCUGAGGAUGGAGACAGCUCAGAAAUGGAUGAGGAGGACUGUGAGCGGAGGAGGGUGGAGUGCCUGGAUGAAAUGUCCACCCUGGAGAAACAGUUCACUGAUCUCAAAGACCAGCUGUAUCGUGAGCGGCUUAGUCAAGUGAACAGUAAGCUGACAGAGGUGGAAGCUGGUCGGGCAGCAGAAUAUCUGGAGCCUCUGGCUGUACUGCUGGAGAACAUGCAGGUCCGCACUAAAGUGGCAGGUAACUUCAACACACACAUACACAAGCUCAUGAAGCCAUACACACUCUGGUGUCCUGAUUCACUCUCACUUUGUGCGUCAGGUAUCUACAGAGAGCUGUGUCAGGAAUCUGUGAAGAACAAGUAUCAGUGUGAGAUCCAGGCAGCAUGCCAGCACUGGGAGAGUGAGAAGCUGCUGCUGUUUGAUACGGUGCAGAGUGAACUGGAGGAGAAAAUCAGAAGACUGGAGGAGGACAGACACAGCAUAGACAUUACAUCAGAGCUGUGGAAUGACGAGUUGUCAGGGAGGAAGAAGAGGAGAGAUGCUUUAAGUCCAGAUAAGAAGAAAAGAAGACCUUCAGUGGUGUCUGGCCCAUAUAUUGUCUAUAUGCUUCCUGACUUGGACAUCCUGGAGGACUGGACAGCCAUCAGAAAGGCUGUGGCUACGCUCGGUCCCCACAGAGGGAAGUCUGACUCUGAAAGCCCCGUGUUCCCAUUCAGACCCGACAGAAACAGACCCAUACUGAACUGCUGAGGCGCACACACCCAAACACACACCUUCCAUUCACUCAUUUAGAAUCGCAUAAAUCUACACACUGUGGAACAUUUGUCUGAAUCUUCCCACAAUCCACUGCACUGCUCAUCUAACAGCCACACCAGUCGGUAAGCUGCCUCUCGAGCCAGGAGGCAAACACAACCCAGACGUGCAGGUUUUAAUCUGGAAUAGAAACAGACCAGUUUCUGUUUCCCUGAGUGGAUAAGAGAGGAGUUCUCUGUUAAAAGACCAUUAUAAGUAAACGAAGGGCUUAAUUCCAAAAUUAUAAUCCAAAAUAAAAAAUGUGAUAAAGUGGUCAUUGGGUUUAAAAACUGCUGACAUGAUAUAUCAUCACUGGAAACUAAAACGAACAAAAUCAGGGUUUUAUUUGUUAAUUGGAUUUGAAUAGACAACGAAUACUCCUAUUGAGACACAAAUUAGCUCCUGGUAAGAAAUGAGAACACCAGUUAAUUAGUCCUUGAACCAUGUUUACAUGUCUAUGACACAAUUUCAGACAGUGUUUUUACAAAGUUUGACUGCUGAGCAUGAGAUCACAACCAUUUUUCCUCAAAGUAGGAGCCACAUUUUGGAUUUGGAUCUUUGAAACGAUCGGUGCCUAAGGUUUUUCCGUUCUUGUUUACGUGUUGAACGGAUCCAUCCACUUGGAUCACACACAGUAAAGUAUUUUUAACCUCUUCAAACAUGAUUUUUUUAUGAGGGUGUUAAUGUCUGUACACAUUAACACAAACAGGCAUGUUUUUUUACAACCCAGUUAACACUCUUGAAUACACGGUGGCCAACAAGUGAUCAACUGUGUCAUGUGACAGUUUUUCUCUUUAUCAUGUUUUACAACCACCAAGAUCCAUCAUCUGCUAUUUAACAGGUACACUUCAAGUCUUAUGGUUUUCCCACUUGUCUGGACAUUGCUAUUACCUACAGAAAAAGAGAAGAAAAAGCAGACGUCUAAAGUUCAGUUUGGUUUUUCUGUGCUCGAGCAUUCAGAUGAUUUUUCUUUCUUUCAGUAUUUAAACCAGAAAGUCACAUACAUGACGAGGUCCCGGGCUCCACAUUGUGCGUAUUUGUAAACACUGAGACAUUUAAUCUCAAAUAAAGCAGGUUAUUGACAACGUUUCCAAUGACAAAGGAGGAAAUACUGCUUUAUACAUGAACCUUGUCCAUUGUGCCAUGAAUUUUUUUUAUUUUGUUUUUAUUUUGUAUGUGGACCAGUUUAAAUAUUUUGUAUGAGAUUAAUAAUUAUUCUUUAUGAUGGUGUUUUGAAUAGUUAGGUGAACACAGUUUGUACAGUGUUUAGUUUUUCUCAGAGAGCGCACAGCAGUGCCCACAUUGGAAAUAUCACCAUCGUGUGUUUUUGUUUUAGUGGUGCAUCUUGCAUUUGUAGGAAUUGCUGUGACUUGGAUCCCACAUAGGCAGCAGUGUAAUUAAAAUGCAAGAUAAGUGCAUAAAUAUUCUAAUGUAUUAAACAGAGUUUAGAGUUAAACCAUCACAAAGGAAUAGUAUUCUAAUCAGGUUUAACUCGCCCUUUUCCAACCACCAGUGAACAUUUGUGCACCACCUUCUCUGUUGUCGAUAUUGUGAGUCGAGCAUGAGGCACAAACAGAUUUCAACAGAUCCUUAGGCAAGACCAUAAAUACUGUCAAUGGGAUACCUGGCUUUUUUUUUUUUAACAUCUGUUCUGCCAUCACUGAGCUCUUUCAGUACAAGGACGACGCUCAAUGAGUGCACCCCUCGGCUUUUGGACCUCACUGUCGUUUCUUUCCUUUUAUUUUGCUCAAGGCCAAAUGUUACACAACCAACAUAUGAAGCGUUAGGCGUCAAAUACAGAGGUAUCCCUUAAAGUAUAUUAACAAGGUGUUAUUCUUGUAUCAUUCUCUGCUUAUUGUAUCUACCUCUUCUCUCUUUCUCUCUGACUUGUAAAAAAAACUCAUUCAUUACUCAUAAACAUGUAAGUGCUUCCAUCGUUAUGCCCAUAUUGAUUUUUAUUUCAUUGUAUUGCUGUAUUUUUACGGCUGUGAUUUGUGCAGAUUUGUCAGGAUGUUUUCUUAAAAGUCUGCAACGAUAACGGCUAAUUGUAUAAAAGCAGAAGGAACCCAACCAUGUUCCUCCAACCUCACCCCUCCACUGAAUCUUCACAGUUGUAAUCCACUCCGUUUAUACAGGCUGACGAACAAACUGCCAUUUCAUUGUACAGAUUCUUUUAUAUGUAAACCGAUUUUUGAAGAUGAAGGUGGUGCGGAUGUGAAAUAUUCAAAUUGAUAUUUUUCGACAGUUUAUGUUCAGUAAUGCAGCGGGUACAUUUGUCUUUUUCGUUAAUGACGUGGAUGGGUUUUACAAUUAAACAUUUUACUAUUA